UAAGAUUAUAACUUAAAUAACGAUUAUCAGAUUGUACCUGAACAGAAGCGGUGUAAUAAGUUGUUAUAACCAUCUGUCUAUGGAUAUGUAAAAAAAAAAAAAAUCUUAGAUGUACUAAAUUCAUUUCUUAAGAUUCAGCUUUAAACAGUGCAGAAUGUUAUACUUCAGUCAUUUAUUGUUAACAUUAACAGUUCUUACAAUAAGCAACAGCAGUAUAAAUAGAAAACUUUUAAGGUUGUGCCAGCUGGAUGUUAAUAACACUUGAGUCCUGUUGCAUAGACGUUUAAUAAACAACACAUAAGAUCUACAAACAAGUUCUUGUUCAUAGUGAGUGUGUGUAGGAAGAAUGUAGUUAAGCAUAUUUUAAAAUCCAGCACUGAAUCUGGCGGGAAAACUCUGUAGGACUGUUUUGUUACACUCCAGAAAAAGGUAUUUCCGCUUCAUGUUUUAAGAAUUAUUCUUCCUCACAUCCUUUGAUCGUGUAUAACCUGCUAUCAUGAGCUGUAGAUAGAUAGUUUGCCUUUAUUUGUAUAAGUGUUAUUUAUUCCUGUUCGUGUUCAUACAUAUGCAGAAUUCGAAUGUGUUCUUACUUAUAAAUAAACAGCCCUUUAACAUCAUUUGACCAUUAACAGUAAAAUAAAAAGAUGCGCUGUAAACGCUUUAGUCUGUGAUAUUUGGUAAAAGCGCGCCAAAUAUUUGUUCAAAAUACUAAACUGACCAACACUUUAAAUUUCCCGCAAUUUGUUGAUGACGUUGAGGCGUCUGAUCGAGCUUAGUUCUGAUUGGCUGAAGGAUAACCCGCCAAGAACGAAAUAAAUAGAAGCAGCUAGAGCCGCUUCAGCCAGUCUUUUCCCUCCAUUGUACAGACUCCGCAUCUUUUAGUAUUUAUUUUAUCUUCAUUUAAAAAAAAAAAAUUACUAAUUUUAUUUGCUUUAAACGCAAUGAUGCUGUCUACGCGCUCACCUCUUAAAAACAAGAAUGAAAACGUUUCUGCUAAGUUUGGGAGCAUGUCUCUGGGAGACAAAGAAAACACACCACCGAGUUUGAACUCCACACGAAUUUUAGCUUCCAAAACCGCGCGUAAAAUCUUCGAGGACCCUGAGGAGAAGCUAAAAGCCAAUACAGAGGAAGAGCCUCUCCUGAAGGAAAAUCCACGUCGCUUUGUCAUCUUCCCUAUUCAGUACCAUGACAUAUGGCAGAUGUACAAGAAGGCUGAGGCCUCUUUCUGGACGGCUGAAGAGGUUGACCUCUCCAAAGACCUCCAGCACUGGGAUUCCCUAAAGGAUGAUGAGCGAUAUUUCAUUUCUCAUGUGUUGGCGUUCUUCGCAGCAAGCGAUGGCAUUGUCAAUGAGAAUUUGGUGGAGCGCUUCACCCAAGAGGUCCAAGUGACUGAGGCACGUUGUUUUUAUGGCUUCCAAAUUGCCAUGGAGAACAUUCACUCUGAGAUGUAUAGCCUGCUUAUUAACACGUAUAUUAAGGCUCCUGCAGAGAGGGAGUAUCUUUUCAAUGCCAUUGAGACUCUUCCUUGUGUGAAGAAGAAGGCUGACUGGGCCUUAAAUUGGAUUGGCAACAAAGAUGCCCAGUAUGGUGAGCGAGUGGUGGCUUUUGCUGCUGUAGAGGGAAUCUUCUUCUCUGGUUCUUUUGCUGCAAUUUUCUGGCUAAAGAAGAGGGGCCUUAUGCCAGGUCUCACCUUUUCCAAUGAACUCAUCAGCCGAGAUGAGGGUCUUCACUGUGACUUUGCCUGUUUAAUGUUCAAGCAUUUGGUGAACAAGCCUUCAGAAGCAACUGUCAAGAAAAUCAUUGUGAAUGCAGUUCAGAUUGAGCAGGAAUUCCUGACCCAGGCGCUACCAGUUAAACUGAUUGGCAUGAACUGUGACUUGAUGAAACAGUACAUUGAAUUUGUGGCAGACAGACUGAUGUUGGAGCUGGGCUUCAACAAGAUCUAUAGAGUAGAGAACCCGUUUGACUUCAUGGAGAACAUUUCUUUGGAGGGAAAGACAAACUUUUUUGAGAAGAGGGUAGGAGAGUACCAGCGUAUGGGUGUUAUGUCUGGGCCCACGGACAACACCUUCCGGCUUGAUGCGGACUUCUAGACUGAGGAAAUUGACACUUAAACAUAAACACUUGAAGAGGUGCUAGUCGAUUGACAACCUCCAUAUUUUGUAUUCACAUUGUGUAUAUGAAUUUUUAAAUGUAAAUUUAAGGUUUUUUUUUUUUUUAAUAAACUUUAGUUGUAUGUUUUUUGUGGUGUUGCAGUUGGGAUUUUUAUUUAUAGCUUGCACAAAUGCCAUGUUUUACUGCUUCUCCUUUUCCUUAACCCAGCUCUCUUGUCUUACCCAACUGUUUCUUCUGAAUUGUCAAUGUAAAUAAAAUUGAUUUAAGAUUU